GACAUGUAUAGAAAGGCCAGGUGGCUCAAGGCGGAGUCAGCUGUGUCGUCACUUGGCGGCCAUCUUAGGUCAGGAGACCGCGCUGCUGCUCCCUGCUGCUGUGGACGGAAGGUGAGUGACAUACGCCAACUAAAAUGCUCGUAACUUGCUGAAUUCUUGACGGAUUUACAAACGAACUUCUGAUUACGCUUGUGGAAAAUGCCUGAUUUUUGUGCCGCCUACGGCUGCACCAACGCACGGAGCCGCCAAACCAGAACGCGUGGGAUCACCUUUCACAAGUUUCCCAAAUGUAGCGAGCGCCGGAGACAGUGGGAGCGUGCCCUGAGAAGGGAGGGUUUCGUGGCUAAUGACAGAACACUGCUCUGCAGUGAACACUUCAGAAAUGAAGAUUUCGACAGGACAGGGCAGACUAUCAGAUUCAAAGCUGGAGCUUUUCCAUCUGUCUUCAACUUCCCUGCUCAUCUUCAGAGGCCACAGCCAUCCACUAGAGAGAGGCAAAGGAGUCGGAAGAGGAAGGCCCCUGACCACCAAUACGCAAUGCCUCCCUCUCCAAAGGCUCUUAAGGCCAAACUUGAUGCAGCCAUGGCCACAUCUUUGAUGAUGAAGAGCUCCAAAGAGGCCGUGCAGUCAGCAGCCAAAGAGUUUCUGCAGUUUGUCAACAGAGGGGUGUCUCCAUAUCACGUGGUUGAAGAAUGCCGGCGGCGUCUGCUGCAGGCGGGCUUCAUCGAGCUGAAGGAGGCGGAGCAAUGGGACAUCAAUCCCUCCAGCAAGUACUUUGUGACCAGGAACUUCUCCAGCCUCAUCGCCUUCGCCGUGGGCGGACGCUUCCUGCCGGGGAACGGCUUCUCCAUGAUCGGCGCUCACACGGACAGCCCCUGCCUCAAGGUGAAGCCGAGGUCCAAGAGGACCAAGCAGGGCUGUCUGCAGGUGGGGGUGGAGUGCUACGGCGGAGGCAUCUGGAGCACCUGGUUCGACCGCGACCUCACCCUCGCCGGCCGCGUGAUGGUCAAGAGUGACGGACGGCUGGUUCACCGGCUCUUCCACGUGUCCCGCCCCCUGCUGAGGAUCCCUCACCUGGCCAUCCACCUGCAGAGGGACGUCAACGACUCCUUCGGGCCCAACAAGGAGAACCACCUCGUGCCAAUCAUCGCCACCGUAGUGCAGGAGGAGCUGGAGACGGGCUGCGCGUCCUCCGGAGACGCCAGCUGUGCCGCAAACACGGCGGAGAAACACCACCCGGCGCUGGUGAAGGUGCUGUGCUCGGAGCUGGGGGUGGAGCCCGAGGCCCUGCUGGACUUUGAGCUCUGUCUGGCCGACACUCAGCCUGCGGCGCUGGGAGGAGUGUACGAGGAGUUCAUUUACUCCCCUCGGCUGGACAACCUCCACAGCUGCUACUGCGCCCUGCAGGCGCUGAUUGAGUCGUGCUCCGGAGACUCUCUGUCCCACGACCCCAACGUCCGCAUGGUCACUCUGUACGACAACGAAGAGGUGGGGUCAGAGAGCGCUCAGGGCGCCCGGUCCAACCUGACGGAGCUCAUCCUCAGCCGCCUCUCGGCCUCGGCCUCCAACCUCAGCGCCUUCCAGCAGGCGGCGCCGCUCUCCUUCAUGAUCAGUGCCGACAUGGCGCACGCCGUGCACCCCAACUACCAGGAGAAGCACGAGGAGAACCAUCGUCCUGCUUUCCACAAGGGCCCAGUGAUCAAGUUCAACAGCAACCAGCGCUACGCUACGACGGCUGUCACCGCCUCCGUGGUCAGGGAGGUGGCCGGGAGGGUGGGGGUGCCGCUGCAGGAUGUGAUGGUCCGUAACGACAGCCCCUGUGGAAGCACCAUCGGACCCAUCCUGGCCGCCCGCCUCGGGGUCCCCGUGGUCGACAUCGGAGCUCCGCAGCUCUCAAUGCACUCCAUCCGAGAGAUGUGCUGCACCUCCAGCGUCCUGCAGAGCACCACCCUCUUCAAGGGCUACUUUGAGCUGUUCCCCGCCGUGCGAAGCUCGCUGGUGGUCGACUAGAGACGCGAAGGAGACUCCUGAUGGACGCAAAGUCCUCUCACCAUGUGGUGGCAUGUGAAGAGCAUCGACACCAUGAACCGUGUCAAUCUUUCACGUUGAAAAGGACUUUGUUAGAAACACCCAUAGACGAGGUUGCACUCGUAACUGCCUCCAGACGUGGAGAGUGGUGGUCACGUUUCAGGACUCUUUCAUAUGAACCAAAAUAAAGACU